AUGGCCAUGAAUAUCGACAUGUCGCAGGCCUCUGUCAUAAAGGACGAGCAAGGAAGGCCAUUCAUUGUUGUGCGGGACCAAGGAGCGAAAAAGAGACAACAUGGCACCGAUGCAAUAAAGUCGCACAUAACCGCUGCGCGAACAGUCGCCAAUAUUGUAAAAACAUCAUUAGGACCGAGGGGGCUUGACAAGAUUCUCAUUUCUCCCGACGGUGACAUCACAGUAACGAACGAUGGCGCCACAAUCUUAAGUCAGAUGGAAAUAUCGAAUCACGUUGCCAAGUUGUUAGUAGAACUCUCGAGGUCGCAAGACGAUGAGAUAGGUGAUGGCACAACUGGAGUAGUCGUUCUCGCAGGCGCGCUCUUAGAGCAGGCGGCUGAGCUGAUCGACAAAGGAAUCCAUCCCAUAAAAAUUGCAGAUGGCUAUGAUCAGGCGUGCGAUAUUGCGGUUGCGGAGCUUGACAAAAUUGCAGACACCAUUGAUUUUACUAAAACAGAGCGUCAAAGUUUGAUAAAGGUUGCUAAAACUAGUCUUGGCAGUAAAAUUGUCUCGAAAGCCCUUGAUCAGUUUGCAAAUAUCGCCGUAGACGCAAUAAUGUCUGUCGCCGACCUAGAUCGAAAGGAUGUUGACUUUGAUCUAAUAAAGGUUGAUGGAAAAGUCGGUGGAUCCCUGGAAGACUCAAUGCUUAUCCAAGGAGUUAUUGUUGAUAAGGAUUUCUCACAUCCUCAAAUGCCAUCAGAGGUUCGGGAUGCAAAAAUCGCCAUUCUCACAUGCGCAUUUGAGCCUCCAAAGCCAAAAACGAAGCAUAAGCUUGACAUUACCACAGUAGAAGAAUUCAAGAAGUUACAAAAUUACGAAAGAGAAAAGUUCAUAGAAAUGAUUGAUCACAUCAAAAACACUGGUGCAAAUCUCGCCAUUUGUCAAUGGGGAUUCGAUGAUGAGGCAAAUCACCUACUUUUGCAGAACAAAUUACCUGCUGUAAGGUGGGUUGGCGGACCGGAAAUCGAAUUGAUUGCCAUUGCAACAAAUGGAAGAAUUGUCCCGAGAUUUGAAGACCUUACUGCAGCUAAGCUUGGAACUGCGGGAAUCGUUCGUGAGCUAAGCUUCGGGACUACAAGAGAAAAAAUGCUAGUUAUCGAGGAGUGUGCCAAUACUCGUGCAGUUACCAUUUUUGUGAGGGGUAGUAAUAAGAUGAUUAUCGAUGAAGCCAAACGCUCUCUCCAUGAUGCACUCUGCGUCGUUCGUAAUCUUGUGCGAGAUAACCGUGUCGUCUAUGGUGGAGGUGCCACUGAGAUUGCCUGUUCCCUUGCAGUCGAAGAUGCUGCAGUUAAGACACCAGGUCUCGAACAGUAUGCCAUGCGUGCCUUUGCUGAUGCCCUUGACUCUAUUCCCAUGGCUUUAGCCGAAAACUCGGGGCUGUCCCCAAUUGAAACACUUGCAAACAUUAAGAGUCAACAGGUCACUGAGAAAAACCCAAGACUUGGAGUUGAUUGCAUGCAGACAGGAUCUAACGAUAUGAGAGACGCAUUUGUCAUUGACCCACUUAUAGGAAAAAGACAACAGCUGAUGUUAGCAAGCCAGCUCUGCCGUAUGGUGUUGAAGGUCAACAAUGUAAUUGUAGCUGGCAGCGACGAGAAUGAAUUCUAA